GAUUUAUGUCUCGGUAUUCAUUGCAGUCAUGUUAGUAGGCCUAUUUUAAACGUGGAGAAAUGUUUUAUCUGUUUGAAGGACGACCAGUAGAUAGAGAGAAAGGGAGCGAGAGGGAGAGAGAUGGAGGAUCAGUUCAGCCGUCUGUAUGCAGGCCCACUGUCUGCGUCCGCACAGAGGAUCGUGGCAGCGCUGAGAGCGGAGUAUGCAGAUAGGCCCGGCAGGAGCCACAGCUAUUCACAGCGGAGACCUGUGAACCCAUACCCAUCUCAGAGCACAUGGAGCCAGAGCCAGACCCAGCACAACCACUCUUACUCCAACAGGUCAUGGCCUAGGCCUUACUCCAGUUUUCCUGGCACCCAGGAAGAGUCUGACAGACCCACCCUCCCAGCCUCGACUACAGAGAGCGGCUCCUCACCCACCCCUCUGCCUGCCUGGAUGGAAUCAGCAGAGAGGGAGCCAGGUUUCCCUUCCUGUACGCAGGACAGACAGUCCCCAGUGCAAGCUGAGUUCUCCCUCCGCCUGGACUCCCCUCAGAAUGAGCCCUCAUUCCACUUUCACUCCCAGCCUGCUAAACACUCCUCAGUUCUUUUCCCCUUCCCCCAAACAAAGCCCCCGUUCCCCCUUCCAUCUCCCCAGAGAGGCUCACCAUUUUCCUCCAUCUCCCCUCUGAAGGAGCCCCCUCCCACCCCUCUCUCCAUUGGCAGGGGCCAGCUGGGGUAUUCCGGGGCUGUGUCUGCUUUCAGAGGGGCAGUUAGAAGGCUGAAAAUGCCCCAGUCAGAGAGCCAGACAGACAUGGUGGCAGACCAUUUUCAGAUUCAGCUGGAGAGUGGGUCUGACCAGGCCAGACAGCAGAUGAUACCGGCCACCCACACCAGACUGAAGAACCGGCAAGACUUACGGCGUAUGCAGCACACCAGACCUGAAACAAACCAGACUGGACCCGGUACACUUCAGAUGCAGCCUGAGAGCCACUGCGAAGAGACCAGACAGCGGACCAGACCAGACACCCACACCGGACUAGACAACCAUCACCAGGGGAAUUUCUGUCACACUGCAGCUGAGAUUGGGCAGGCUGAUCCAGACAACCUCCAGACCAAACCAGAGAUCCAUCAGGCGCAGGGUACUAAGGGUACACAGGGUUCUGAAAUACACAGUAACACAAGAAGUGAUUUAACCGACUUGCAAAAACACGAUCCGUCAGCCACAUCACCUUUGGUUACAGUGCCAUGGAUUCCCAGCGACAGAUCCAAACAGAGGGGCUGGCAUCUGUCAGUGAUGCCCAGCAGAGAGGCCUCGGAGAGGGGGGAGCAAGCAGAGAACGUCCCUUCACCAGCUGAUCCAGCUAAGAAGGGGGAAUUUGGGUGCUUACUGGUGCCAUCACACAUGACCACAGCAGAAAUAGAGAGCACACAGUUGGACAGACACAGUGCUGGCCCAAUGAGAGAAGAGAGUAGCGAGAUGGAAGUGGAUUUGGGUCAUAGCUCUGCUAGAGUAGUAGAACAAGAGGAUGGGCAUUUGAUAUCCACAGCUCCUCCACCAGGAUCUAGAGAGGCUACUGAGACUGUGACUGAGGCUAGUGAGAGAGGCGGUGAUCUGGGCUCACCAUCUGAGGAGAGUUCCAUUCAGGCACAUGGGCUAUACUCAAGAUCCAACAGCGUGGAAGAGACCCACAUAGGUGGUGAGGACAUGGCUGGCACACUGGCACGUGACCACUCCAGCCAUCUCCAUGACGCUCAGCUGGAGGCAGAGUCUGUUCCAGACACUCAGCUGCCCAGUGCCCAACCAGAAACCGCCUCCGUGAACGGCGGCCUGUCGGCGUUUGAAAGUGGCGAAAACGCACUCGCCUUGAGCAGCACUUGCACGCUUCAUCGUGACAACCAGCAUGAACGUGAAGCUGAUGACUUGCUCGAUCAGGGUGACCAGAGGAAUUGUUGUGAACAGAAUGACCAGAGUGGCGGAUAUAAGGAAAUCGCCUGGUUUGACGGAGAGACCUGCGUGACCGAGCCCAACCCCCAGGGGGUGCUCUCACGUUCGUCUGUUCCCGCCGCAGAGGAAAGCCAGCCUGAGCUGAAGAGGCAGAGGAAGAUCAGUCUGACUGAGGAGGGUGAGGAAAGGAAAGCCAGAGAGUGCCGUGCGGUAGACCCUGCUGGGUCGGAGGAGCAUGGCCAACAGAGGAGACUUGGUGUGAGCAGCAGAGUGCUGCAGUUCAGAGCGCCCCCUGCUGGCCGCACCCCACUGCAGCUGUCCCAGCCCACCUCUCAGGCACGCCAGCACAGCUCAUGUGUACUACAAGUUUUGGCUGGGAGUUCCAACAGAAGCUGCGGUCCUAAAAGGCAUCUCUUGACUCCCACAGCAAAGGGAGCCCUGGAGUCCCCCAGGAUGGCCCCCUCUCCCACCCCUACACUGAGGGCACCUCCUUCCACCCCGACCCCCUGGGCACCCCCGACCCCUAUAGCAGAGAGGGGAACGCCCACCGACAGCACCCCUUCCCAGCAGCCCCCUCUCUCCUCUCGCCGGCGGCCCGUACGUUGGGAACCCCCCCGGUCCUCCCAGGGCGAGAGAGGAGGCGGUGUUGACCCCUCGGCCCAGGCUGCAGCCGCCCCCCACUGCCCCGGACCACCGCACCCCGACACCACUCAGACCUCCGCUCAGCACCGCUCCACGAACCCCCGUCCUGCCUCCUCUGCCCCAGAACCUCCUCUGCCCCAGAGGCUUCUCCAGCAGAGCCCUGUGCCUGGUGGGUGUCCAGCGACAGUCAGAGCUGACCCCCAGGAGCCGUCAAUCAGCAACUGGCACGGCCACCCCAGGGCUACCAAUCAGAAGCAGGCUGCGACGGGGCCUGAGAGGCCACGGAUUGGAGGAUCCACAGAAGGGGUGGGAGCAGUGACCCCAGUGUCUGCAGCUAAGCCCAAACCCAGCCUGGCGUUGACCUCUGACCCUCGUGUGUGUGAUACGGGGCGCCUGAGUGCGGGGGAGAGGGAGCGUGUCCUGGAGGAGAUGAGGACGGCCAGAGCACUGGUGCUCACACUGGUGCUGCAGGACGGGAGCACACAGCUGGACGUGGAGCAGAAGAACAGUCCAUCUGUGUGUGGUAUCUUGAUCCUGCUGAAGAGGGCGUUGGACCUGUCUCGCCCACAACCCACUGAGGAGGAGAAGCUGCUCUUCCUGAGACAGGAGCAGAGGCCCGUCUGGGUCCAACAUCAAACUGACCAGAACCAUGAACAGUUUACCAGAGAGCUGGUUGUGCUGGUGCUGUCGGGACAGAGGCAGGUGGUGUGUUAUAAAGCCAAAGACCUGCUGCGCACCACCCUGCAGCAUCACACACACACGCUCAGUUGGAAACAAAUGGGUGUGUGUGAGGUGCUGGACCCCCAGAUCGCUGCGUGGCUGCUGGACCCCAGUGACUCGGGUGCCUGCUUCCAGGAGCUGCUGAACAAACACUGCAAGCCCAACACACACUCCUCCGCCACACACAACUUCACACCUGCACUGGGCCCCCAGAAGGUCACUCAGCUCAUCUCUGGUUUGAAUCAUCUGUAUAAACUCAUGGUUGAGUUACGCUCAAAACUGAAGACUAAAGGACUGUGGCAGCUUUAUUCUCAAAUGGAGACUCAGAUGAUUCCAGUUCUUGCAGCCAUGGAGAGUCACAGGAUCCACGUGGACAGAGAUGCUCUGAAGAAGACCUCUGAUAUGCUGGGGUCGAAGCUGAAACAGCUGGAACAGGAGGCCCAUCAGGCAGCUGGCCAGCAGUUUCUGGUGUCCAGCAACAACCAGCUUCGACUGGUUCUUUUUGAGAAGUUACGUCUGCAUGAGCGCUGUGAGAAUAAGAAGUUGCCCAAAACCCUUCUCAAACAACAGCAGUCAACAUCUGAGGCUGUGCUGUUGCAGCUUCAGGAUCUGCACCCACUGCCCAAAAUCAUUCUAGAGCACAGGCAGAUACAUAAACUCAAGUCUACAUUUGUGGAUGGAAUUUUGUCAUGCAUGAAUAAGACGUUCAUCUCCUCCACAUGGAAUCAGACCAGUGCUGUGAGUGGCAGACUGUCAGCCAAACACCCGAACUUCCAGGCGCUGCCGAAACAGCCCCUUCAGAUCACCAAGAAGCAAUAUGUCCAUGGAAAGGAAGCAGAGCUUGUGACCGUACACCCUCGCACCAUGUUCAUUCCCCGGCAAGGCUGGACCUUCCUGUCUGCAGAUUUCUGUCAGGUGGAGCUGCGUCUGCUGGCACAUCUCUCCUUGGACCCGGAGCUUCUCAAAAUUUUCCAGAAUCCUGAGGCAGAUGUCUUCACCAUGCUGGCCUCUCAGUGGAAGGGCAUAAAGGAGGACUCGGUGAGUUCAGAAGACAGGGAGCAUGCCAAGCGCAUCGUCUACUCCGUUGUGUAUGGAGCAGGGCGGGAGCGUCUGUCUGGUAUUUUGGGCGUGAGUGCAGAGCAGGCCAGCCGUUUCCAGGACAGCUUCCUGCAGACCUACAGGGAGGUGCAGACCUUCAUCCAGAAAACCAUACAGCAGUGCCACAGCCAAGGUUACGUGGUGUCCAUAAUGGGUCGCCGGCGCUCACUCCCCCACAUCCACUCAGCAGACUGGGCAACACGUAACCAGGCAGAGAGGCAGGCCGUCAACUUUGUGGUGCAAGGCUCUGCUGCUGACCUGUGUAAGAUGGCCAUGAUCCGCAUCUUCUCCCAGGUCACCUCCUCUGCAUCUCUCACUGCCAGGCUGGUUGCACAGAUCCAUGAUGAGCUUCUGUUUGAGGUGGAGGAAUACCAGCUUCAGGAGUUUGCCGUGUUGGUGAAGAGAACCAUGGAGUCUCUCCAGCACAUAGACAGCCUUGGAGUUCAUCUGACUGUCCCCCUGAAGGUGGUGGUGUCAAGUGGAUCUUCUUGGGGUUCCAUGUCUGAGCUGUACCUCCCAUGCACUUCUUCCUCUGACUGACUGGUCUCGUUCUGUCUUUUUUCAUUGACUCUUUCUUUCUUUCUCUCCUUUCUUUCUCACCUCUGUUACCCUCUUUUCUCUUCACUUCUUUCUUUCAGGUUCCUACCAUUUUGUUCCUUCUCUUUGCAUCUAACACCUUCAGUUACACCCCCUCUUGUCAGCCAUUUCCCUUCUCCUCUCCUUAACGUAUUACUCUUUCACUCGCUUACUCACUUGUUCACUCGUUCACUCCUUCUUUCUCGCUUUUUCUGCUGCAUCCCGUUGCCGUGGUAACCGAGCAGCUGCAGCUCCUCUAGCACUCUCGUCUGUAUCCGAGGGCAACGGUAGGAGAUCCAGACUGGAUCACGCCAGUUCCUCUUUUUUGGACUACUUAUCCUUCUUCUCUCUCUUUCUCUCUCUUUUCUCCACCACUUUGAAAAUAGUUUCUUUCCAUCUCUCUUGUUGACAUGUUUUAAUCUGCUUGCCUGCUCAUCCCUGUAUUUUGUUACCCAGGGAGAAACUAAAGACUAGAGAACAGUUGAUAUGUUUAUUCAAAUGUCAAAUAUCUUUCAAAAUGUGAUUAAUGUAUUUCUAUAAUGUAUUUGCAUGCAUACCUGUUAUUUAUGUAUUCAUACAUAUAUUUUA